GUCGACACAGAAAAGGGGCCGCCUUUCGUCGGACGUCUUCGACAUCUUCGACGCGUGCGGAAGUAUGACACAGCCGACAGCGGAACGACGGGACCGUUUCGACGUCGCGGCUAUGGAGGGCGGAGCAGAGGGUAGACGUGAUCCGUUGAGUCGUCGUGAGCUGCAGGCAGUGGAGGCGGCUGUGUCCACGAUGGUUCUUCGAUGUCAGCAGGAGAGGGCGCUGGGGCGACUGAAGGACCAGUUGCGUGUGCGUAGACGGAGGAAAUUGACGCAAGAUCCGUUCGAUGGGGCCGAUUACGUGGCGAUGUCGGAGGCUGUUGUUCAGCUGUGCUACGCGUUCGGUUGCGGAGUGAUACCACGUGCGACGCCGCGGUGGAAAAUCGUGGAGGCGUGUGCGCCUUAUCUUCAGCGGUGGGUCACGUUCUACAGGGAGCCUUUGCAGCCGGACCACAUUUUGGCGUACUCGCUGUAUAGGUGGGCUUCAGGAGAGACGUACGAGAGCAGCACGUGCAACUUCGGGAUUGGCCGAGCUUUUGGGUUGAUUGCCGGUCGCGAUGUUACUGCCGCGCUGCUAAGAGUCUUCGGAGAGAAGAUCGCGUGGCCGACGGGACUUCGUAAACUUGUUGUUCUGCGGGCGUUUGCAGAUAAAGGGUUCCCCAACUGUCACGGUUGCAUUGAUUGCACUCACGUCUACGUCGACAAGCCGGCGAACGCUCCUAGCGAGAACUACUACGACAGGAAGCGUCGUUUCUCCAUCGUCGCACAGGUUGUCGUCGACCUGGACUUGCGUGUGCUCGACGUGCACAUGGGAUACCCAAGAAGCUGCCACGACAUCAGAGUGCUGCAGUUGUCCAGCCUGUCACAACGCGCAGAGGAGGGGUCGUUGUUCCGUGGUCCCCCCGUCACACUGCAGUUCGGUGUGAAGACGAACGGGUACGUUCUAGCGAACAAUGGAUACCCCCCUUCCGAAUGGAUGGUCGUCCCGUAUAGAGGCAUCAAUCAACACGUCGACGAGGAGCGGUUCGACAACAAACAGAAGGUGGCGAGGGGAGCGGUGGAGAGGGCGUUCGGCAGGCUAAAAUACCAUAAAGGGGAUUAAGAAAAAAAGUGUUCCGUCAAAGUUUUUGCAAAUUUUGAGCAAAGUUGACGGGAAAAUUUUGGGACUGA